AUGCAGGCACAUACUGCUACUGUCCUCAUGGACCAUGAAGAGGAUGAAUUUCGUGCUACAUAUUCCAAUGAUGGUAAAGAAUCUGUUGAUUGUAUACACCUAGAUUCUGAUUCUGAAAGUCUUGAUCUCUUGGAUCAUAAUGGGCAAAUUGAAGAGCUCACAAGAAAAUUUGGUGACGUUCCAACACUUGGCAUGAGUUUUAAUAAUGAACAGGAGGCAUAUCAAUAUUACAAUUCAUAUGCUAGAGGUGUUGGAUUUAGUGUGAGAAAACUUAGAGUAAAUAAGGACAAGAAUGGUGUAAUACAUAAAAGAGAAUUUUGUUGUUCUUGUGAAGGUUUCUAUAGAAAAAAGACAACUCCAAAGAAGAAAAGAGAGCAAAGAAGAUUUGGAUGUAAGGCAAUGCUUGGGAUCAAACUUAAUCGAGAUGGAAAAUAUGUUGUGAAAAACUUUGUAGCUGAACAUAAUCAUGAUCUUGUUCCAUUAUCAAGUUCACAUUUGCUGAGGUCACAAAGAACAAUAGAGCCCUCUCAA